UUUUUCAAGAAGCGUUGUUUAGCUGAUCUUCACAGACAAAUAACUAAUGGAAUUCCAAAAAGAAAAUGUCAAAUGUGCAAUCAAAAUGUCGACAACGAUUAUCGUUCAAUGAAGAAUCACGUUUUUCGUGUCCAUUUUAGGCCUUAUAAUUUAAAUAAAUUUACUCAACUUUUGGAACGGUGUUUUAAAAAAGAUGGCAAUAAUUGUAAUAUUUUUAUUACAAAUGAUUUACAAUGCAAUGUUUGUGGACGAGAAUUGAGAACUAAAAGUUUGUUUGCUUUUUUAUUUUUUUUUUGAAUUUUGGUUUGAAGGGUUUAGAUUAGUGUUAGGCAGACUAGGACACGGAUACUGAUUUUGGUAUCCGGAUAUUUACGGCGGAUACAGACGGGUAUCCGCAGGCAUCUUUAUAAUAUCUGUAUCCGUGUCCUAGUCUGGUGUUGGCAUAGUUUGGUACUAUUGCGGUAUUCCUGAGAGUAUUUUUGGUACUUUCGGUACUCCCGGUAUUUGUAUUAGAAAAAUCCAUUUGCCUAACACUAGUUUGGGUAGGGUCAUCAAUUCUUGAUCUCAGGGACGAGAACCGACCCGAAAACCCUCGGUUCCUUACUUCAGUUUUCAACUGGUUACCAUAGAUUUUAUAUUCUUCG